AUGGACUCCACUUUCUUUCCAGGGCUCUUUUCCCUUGGGACGGAGCCUAACGGUGAAUUCAUUAUUAGGUGGAACAAGACUGUAAAGUAUUGGUCUACUGGACCUUGGAAUGGACAUACAUUUGGCUCGUUGCCUUUGAGACCAAAUUCAAAGUACAACUACACAUUUAUAAACAAACUAGCUGCUUCUGAAUUUUCAGUUCCCAAAGUUGCAGGCCAAACGCACAAAUCAAGAAGGCUAAAAGUUGCUCUUCCUACUACAAUUGCCACUACUCUUUUUCUAUGCACCUUUAUCUACCUAUUUUAUAGAACAAGGAGAGCAAGAACAAAAGGAAAUCCACGGCCGCAUUGGUUGAACGGUCAAAAGGGGUCAGGCGACUUAAUAAAUGAGGAGGAUGAGAAAGGCAUCGAUAUUCCAUUCUUUAGUUUGGAAAGCAUUUUAGCAGCAACAGAUAACUUCUCAGAAGAAAAUAAGCUAGGACGUGGUGGUUUUGGUUCUGUUUAUAAGGGGAAGUUUCACGGAGGACGAGAAAUUGCAAUCAAAAGGUUAUCAGCCCAAUCGGGUCAAGGCAUAAACGAAUUCAAGAAUGAACUAGUAUUGAUUGCAAGACUUCAGCAUCGAAAUCUCGUUAGACUUAUGGGUUACUGCGUCCAGGGAAAUGAAAAGAUUUUACUCUACGAGUAUAUGCCGAACAAAAGUUUAGACACCUUCAUUUUUGACGAAAGACACCAUGUGUUAUUAGAUUGGAAGAAGCGAUUUGAUAUCAUUUUGGGGAUUGCUCGAGGGCUUCUUUAUCUGCACCAUGAUUCAAGGUUGAGAAUCAUUCAUAGAGAUUUAAAAACAAGUAACAUAUUAUUAGAUAAAGAGAUGAACCCCAAGAUUUCAGAUUUUGGCUUAGCAAGGAUAGUGCAAGGGAAUACUACAGAAGCAAAUACAAACAAAGUUGUUGGAACAUAUGGUUAUAUGUCUCCAGAAUAUGCAUUAGAUGGAUUAUUCUCAAUCAAGUCUGAUGUUUUUAGUUUUGGAGUAAUGAUGCUUGAGAUUACCUGUGGCAAGAGAAAUACGGGAUUUUAUCAGCGAGAGGAAGCCUUAAACCUCCUAGGUUAUGCAUGGAGAUUAUGGAACGAAGGAAAUGUUGGGUUUUGGAUGUAUUUAAUUAAUAUAUUAAAUACUUAAAAGAGGGUGAAUGGGAAAUGGAG